AUGGAUUUAAUACCACAACAACAAACAAUAGAACGUUUACAAGAGAUUUUCGAGAAAUUUUUACACAAGGAGUUUUCCAGCAAUAACAGCAAUGUUUACUUCGAAAAGCUUAUAACCAAAUUGUCGGAUAAAGAAAAUUAUUGUAUAUUACAACAUUCUUUUGUCUCAGAAUGGGUGGAUAAAUGCCUCGUGUUACUGGAGGAUGAUUAUGAAAAUGUUCAUCCUAAAGUGAUAGCCUUUAUGUUAAACAUUUGUAGUAUAAUGUUACAAAAUGAAUGGCUUAUUAUAACGAUGAGAGAGAAAAGAGUAACUGAUAGGUUAUUCGCCUUACUUGCCAUGCAUAACGAACGCUUCACUCCUUCCAUUAAAUUAGGUUAUAUACGGAUUUUAACCUCUAUAUCCCAUAUAAGCUUGGGCUUUGCGUACAUACGUUUGCAGAAAUCUUGGCUUUAUUUGAUUAAACUUUGCAAUUGUGAUCACACUCUUUACGUGGUACGUGAUGCGCGAAAACUUUUAUGUGAAUUGCUUUACAAGUUCUUGGUUAAGGCAAAAGAUGAAAAUGUUGUCUUAGAGAUGUUAGAUGAAAUUAUUAAGCCGCUGCAUGAUAAUGUUUAUCAAGAAGGCUCGGAUCGUAUUAUGAUUAAUGUUGAUGAUUCGGAGACACAACAUAAAGUCUCAUCCACAUUAGAUUUAUUGUCCUACAUCUUCGAACAAACGCUGGAAAUGGAAGAGAAAACUAAUUUGGCUCGUCUAUGCCAAAGGCAUCAUAAUAUAGAAUUAGCCGUUUGGAAAUUGGUGGAAAUGACUCAGGAUCCCGGUUUUCUUCAAAAGAUUUUACACACUGUAACCAGCUAUAAUUUUGCCAUGUUAGUGCAGGAUCAAUGGCAGCCUGGUCGCGGUUGUAUAGAAUCGGAAAAGUUUUCACGUUUUGGAGUCAACUUUCUAAAUGGCAUGAAAUUCUGUAUAUCCCGGCAAAAAUUAUUAAAUUUCGUUAAAUUGGUUGAAGUAAAUCACAAGCUGUGGAAAAAGUUGGCUUCCAGGGCUCCGACAGAAAUACAAAUCGAACAUGAGCGAGUACGUUUCGAAAAUCUGUUAAUAACAUUUUAUUUAAUGCCGUUGCUAUUCAUAUUGCGUAAGCGUUUAUUCUACGACGCGGAAUUAUUUGAAGAUUAUUUGAUACGGCUAUUCAAAGUUAAUUGUGAGCAUACCUUACGUAUAUGCUAUGCCUUUCGAGAUCUUAUCUACACAUCUGGGGAAUCAUCUUUGAGCAUGGUAGCUGAUAUGGCUUAUAAAUCCAUACAUGGUAUAUUAUGUAUGGAAAAUAUGUUGGAACGUGAGCAAGCUGUAUUAGUAUUUCAGGCUAUGAUUUAUGCUUUAAAAGAAUUUGUCGAUAAUUCACAAGCGAUACAAUCGGGUGAAAUGGGUGUAUGUUUAAAAUUGUGGUUGAGCACGGAAUACGGAAUAGCCAUUCCACAUGUCCUCUAUGCGACUCUAAUCGGCUUACAAACUCUUAUAAAAAGAUAUCGCAUUAAUUGGAACGAAUCCAUCGAUACGACAUGUAUUGUGAAUAUAGUGGCUUCUGUUUUGGAAAAUCCCAAUCUUACGGAUAAUUUAGCUGUACAAGCUUUGAAAUUGAUACAAUUGUCUAUAGAAUAUUUCCUCUCACCAAAUAUGGCUUUGUUGCUCGAUAAUCUACAGGGAUCCGGUUUAUUAUGUCUGGGGCCUAUAAUAGUGAAACGUUUGCACGAUUUGUCUUGGGAAGUAAGAGAUAGUGCCUUGGAACUAACUACAUCGAUUGCAGAUAUAUCAAGAUGCAAAUUCCCGGCCUUUCAACAGUUUUUACAUGACUUUAAAUUGUGCUCGAUAGUCUCUGAUAUGCUCCGCAACGAUAGUGAAACGUAUGUCAGAGCUUCGGCUUUAAAAUGCUUGUCCAAGAUGGUUGUGAUUAACGUAAUAUGGGAGAAUAAUUUAAAUGGCCACGAAUUAAUAGAUUAUUUAUUCUUUAUUUUAUCGAACGAAAGUGAAGGUUUAGUGCGCAAGGAAUCUGUUAAAGUAUUGACUGUUUUAUAUGAACACCACAAGGUUCCAUCCAAAUAUUUAAAUCCUUUGUACUCAGUUAUUUGUUAUUGUAUAUUAAGCGAUUUGGAUUGGGAAGUAAAGGUAGAAGCUUUACAUUUCUGGGAAUUGGAAUUUCAAGAACAAUUCACUAAUCAAGGUAUGAUUGAUGGCACUUUCCCAACUGUUACUUUUUCUAAAGAUAACAAGAAAAUUGUCACUUUAAAUGAGAAAGAAAUCAAUCUAAGAAUAAUGAAAGUAUUUCAAGAGCUUUCACAGCGUGGUUGUUUGGGUGUGAUUUUAAAAUGCUUAAAGGAAGAAUAUGAGAAGGAAGUAUUAAAAGCAGCCAUAAAUAUGGUCCAUCGCUUAUUUGAGCAAUUAAAAAAUUACGACUAUGAAUCUAUAAUAGAUGAUAUGGAUAAAAACGGUCAACAAAACUCAAAUGAAUACAAGUCUGCAGUUGUAAGUGAAUCAAUCCCACCACUUACUUUGGAUAUUGAAACAAGUGUUCUUAAUAACCAACAAUCAGAGGAAAUAAUUGAGGCAAUUUUAUUUUCUCAGGAUAUUAAUCUAUUGGCUGCUUCUUAUGAAAAGCAAUUGCAAUUGAAGAAUGGCGAUCUUCCUAACAUACCACACUCGUCAAUAGAUGAACAUCUGUAUAAGAACUAUACAGACAUAGGUCCUAAACAGUUCAUCGAUUCUAUCAAACAAAUGGACUUAAAUCAGAUGAUAAAGAGCCAUCAAAAUUGGUUUACAGAAAUGGAAAGUUUUUCAUCACUACUGGACGAUAUCCUUGUUGUUAUUCGACAAGAGAAUGAAGCGAUAUUUGCUGAUUGCUAUUAAAAUUUGAGAUUGUACAAAAAACUUGUGUUUAUAUAUUUAUUUUAAAGUAAAAAUAAGUGGCUGUUCUAAGAAAAUAUCCGAAAAUAUUGUCAGCGUACAUUUUCAAUUAAAUGUUUAAAACAGGGAUGCCAACCAGUUCAAUAUUCUGCAAAUGGAGUUCCUAACAAUAACGACUAAUCCAUUAUACAAAACAAAACACAUUAUUUAGAGUAUCUCAAAUUUUAGGGACGAUUUGAAUUCAAUAGAAAGCCAAUUAUUUUUUAAAUGUAACUUUUUUAAUAAACCAUAAUGUAUAUAGAAUAGAGUAAUGUGUGGAAUAGCAUAUCGGGCAAAUGGCUUUUACAGCUUUGCUAGCUCUUUUAUCGAAAUUAUGAUCCCCGAAACAUGAAAAUACACAACCAGGGAAUGUCUCAUUCAGUAAUUGAAUGAUUUCACGGGAGUUAUGGCAUGUGAAACUGUUUGUUAAAACCACAUGUAGCUCACAUCAAUAUGAUUCAAUUUGGACAAAAGGAGCUUGGUUAUCAUAACGCUGUAUCAAGCAUCAGUAACAGCCAUUGCUUAACCAGCCUCAGUUUCAAAGAAGCACAACGAAACUGUUAUUAUUUUUGUUUAAAAAUGAAAAUUCAUUGCUCGCAUAUGCUUCAUUUU